AUGGCUCAGUGCGAAGUGUUGCUCAUCAGUGCACGCGCAGUGCCACUGAAGGUGCGCUCAAAAAGCAUGAAGCAAAUCAUCGAUGCAUUUCGCCAGCACAUUCAGGACAGCUGCGGGGCAGUGACCACAGAGACAGUUACUUUGGUGAACGCCGCGACGAAUGAUGAAAUCUGCAGACCCGGCCGGCGGACCGGGAUCUUGGCGUCCGGGUUUUUGUUGGACAGCGUGCCCGUGACGGAUGUCGAUGUUAAUCUGCUCCACGACAAGAGCCAGGAAGAUGCGCUAAAGCUUCUGCAGCAUCACGUCGCAGCUGCCAAAGCAGAGCGCGAGCAGGCUACCGCUCAGUUCCCCCCUGCCCAGCGGGCGCGAUGUCGAGCAGAAGCUCAGCUCCAGCAAAACAGCAAGGAGAUGGAGCAAAUCCAGGCGAGCAUUGUGCAGGAGGAGAAGGACAUCGUAGGCCUUCGUCGCAGUCUGGAGAAGCUCAUACAGCAGAUUGAAGCCAAGCAUGGAGAAAUCAAGGAGCACAGAGAGCGUGUGGAGCUGCUUCGGGAGGAGGAGGUUCUGCUUCUGCAUGAGAUGGAGGCACUUCGUCAGAGGACGGAGGCCGAGCAUGCCGUCCAGGAGACCUUGGCCCAGCAGGUGGCCGACGAGCGCACGAAGCGCAUGGAGCUCAAGGCGGCAUGUCGGCACAAGAUCAAGAAAGUUGAGGACACCCAGAACUUUCUCCAGGGCCGCGCAGAGGCCUUCGAAGCGGAGAUUUCUGCGGUGCAGGAGGAGCUCCUCGGCCAGGAGACCUCCACGGCGGCGUUGCUGGCGGAGCUCUCGGAGAGCCAGGCAGAGGCCGACUUGGCAGCUUGCGAAGCGGCAGACGCCUUUCAGCAGCAGCAGCAAAUCGCCUCGGAGCGCUCUGAGGUUCAGCUCCAGCAUGGAGAGCUCUUAGAGCAGCUGACAGACUGCAAGCAGAUGCUGGAGAUGAAGACGAAGGAGGAUUCCGCAUCCUUGGCAAAGUGGCGCCUGCAGUACAUGAGCAAGCUGGACGCAAAAAUCCAAGCGCGCCGCGAGUGGAAGAAGCGGCAUGCUGCUGCAAGAGCAGCACCGAAGAUAAUUCUGGAGCCAGUGACGCUGGAACCAGUGACACAGAAGGUUGAGCCAUGA